AUGAACCUACAAUUCUUGAUGCUGGUCGGGGCGAUAUUGCCGGUUUCCCGCGCCGACGAAGACCGCUGGGCAUACGAUCAACACCUGGACCCGCUUGAGGGCGCCGCGCCGACCAAAUCUACCACAUCUCCACCAGCCGGCCAGCCGGACAACCCCGAUGCUGCUGUGCCACCGACGAUGAACACCAAGGGCGGCUUCGAAGGUCUCAGCGUGGCACAAGUGCAGGCGAAGCUCGAGGACAUGCGGAAGAAAUUAGGCCUAACGCCCGAAGACCCCAACGAUCCGCUGUCGAAACCGAUUUCGAAGGUGGGCGUGAUCCCCAAAGCUGUUCAAGUGGAGCUUUUCGAGAGGGAUCCGCAGCUGAGCGACUUCUACCACGAGCUCACCUUCAACGACGUGGCGCAAUUCGCGAAAACCGGCCUUCCGUUGUAUUACGGCGACAUCCGCGGGAUCGAGAGGUGGUUCACGAUGCUACACGCGCACAGUCUCCGCACGUCCAGGAAGGUGCGCAAGUUCCGCGCCGAGUGGGAGGAGCACUACGCACUGCUCAACGAGGGGGCCAAAGCUUUUUUGCGGGAGAUCGCCGGAACCGCGAUGGGCCUUGUGGAAGAACGGCAAAUCUCCUUCGGGCUUUGGCUCGGAAAGUUACAACUGACGUUCGCGGCGCAACAAGCUUACAUCCUCUCUUCCUUGGAGCUGCAUGUGCCGUCCAUCCACCGACUCUUCAGUGACCCCACGCUGCCGUUCAUCGUGCGCGACAUGUUGCACACAGUUUGGCUGCACCGUCCCAACAAGCCGCACUUCGACCUCGGCCCCGAAUUCGAGAAGGUGAUGAAGGAC